AUGGUUCACAAUGGUUCUGAAUCGUCUUUAGUGGCGGAUGUGAAAGCCAAGCAAGGUCUUGAUCUAAUUUUGGUUGAGUUGAAAGAAAGUGGAGCCACAAAAAUGUACCGGGAUUUAUGGGAUGUCUAUUGGUGGAAUGGGAUGAAGAAGGACAUUGCGGAAUUUGUGAUUAGGUGUCCUAAUUGUCAGCAAGUGAAAGUUGAGCACCAGAAACUGGGAGAUUUUGCUGACGUUGCAAUCUUUCAAGGCUCUCAAAUCUCGUCUUGUUCCACUAAUUUCACUCGUCUUGCAUCCUUCUCUUUUCAUCCACCUUUUCUCAACUUUUCAGCUCCUCGGAACAUGAGUAAUUUGAAGCGUGGUUGGAUGUAUGAGAGGUUGGAUGGACGAGGGGGUAUACUCUCCAGUUUUAUAACCGGUGUGAAUAACUUUAUUCAGUAUGCAUGUUCACAAAAAAAUCGUAUGAGUGGUGACAACAUUAAAUGUCCUUGUAAAAAAUGUCAUAACCUUAAAUACAUGGAUGUUGAAAUGGUUAAAUAUCACCUUUUUCAAUACGGAUUUGUUGAGAACUAUUUUGUUUGGAAAUAUCAAGGGGAAGAAGAUGCUAUUGAUGAGAUGUAUUAUGUUAAUGAUUUGCAUGGUGGAACUCAACCUGAAUUGGGAUAUGAUAAUCCGUACCGACAAAUGGUUUUGGAUGUAGCUGGUCCAAACUUUGAUCAAGGUUUGAGUCGACAAUUUCAAAGCAAUAUUGAACAUAAGUCAUCUCAUACUUAUGAAACUUCAAUGGAGGAGGAGAUCAAUCCUUCAAUAGAGGAGGCGUCUGAUCUUCCAAUGGAGGAGGAGCCUAAUCCUGAGUCUCAAAGAUUUUAUGAUUUACUACAUGCCGCUGAUGCAAAAUUGUAUCCCGGUUCCUCCGUCUCUCAACUUGAAGUUGUCUCUAGGAUGUUAAACAUUAAAAUGGAGAACAACAUGUCACAGAGAGGUUACAACCAAAUGAUGCAAUUGUUGAAAGAUUCUUUACCUGAAGAUAACAUAGUGCUUGAUAACUAUUAUCAAACAAAGAAAUUGGUGCGUAGCUUGGGUUUGCCAGUUGAGAAGAUUGAUUGUUGUGAAUCAGGAUGUAUGUUAUAUUGGGGCGAUGAUGAGAACCUUACAUCUUGUAAAUUUUGUGGCAAUCAGAGGUAUAAGCGUCGUGUAGGCUCUCGUAAGCGGAAAUUGGUCCCUUAUAAGAAAAUGUAUUAUUUUCCUUUGAUCCCUAGAUUAAAAAGAUUAUAUGCAUCUCAUGCUACAGCUGUUGAUAUGAGAUGGCAUCAUGAGCAUACACAGGACGAAGGGGUAAUGCGUCAUCCAUCAGACUCUGAUGCUUGGAAACACUUCAAUGAAACUCAUACCUUUUUUGCCAAUGAACCAAGAAAUGUAAGAUUGGGGUUAUGUACGGAUGGUUUCCAACCAUUCAGUCAGACUGGGAGGAAAUACUCUUCGUGGCCAGUGAUUGUAACUCCAUAUAAUUUACCUCCAGGAAUGUGCAUGAAGGAAGCGUAUAUGUUCUUAACUGUCAUUAUUCCAGGGCCAAACAAUCCCAAACAUAAAAUUGAUGUUUAUCUGCAACCUCUAAUAAAGGAGUUGACCUUGUUGUGGGAGACAGGUGUAGAAGCAUUUGACAUUUCAAAAAAGCAAAACUUUCAACUAAGGGCAGCUUUGAUGUGGACUAUAAGUGACUUUCCAGCAUAUUCUAUGUUAUCAGGAUGGAGUACUGCGGGCAAGUUAGCUUGUCCUUAUUGUAUGGAAGAGACACAAUCCUUUAGAUUAGAACAUGGUAGAAAAACAUCUUGGUUUGAUAGUCAUAGGAUGUUUCUUGACCAACAUCAUUCUUUCCGGAGAGAUCGUAAAAACUUUUUUAAAGGCAAGACUGUCAAAAGAUUUCCACCACCUUACAAAACAGGAGAGGAGAUUUUGAACCAAAUUUGUGACUUAGGGAUAAGGAAAGUAACUAAGUUAGAUGCAGAAGAGGUUAAUCGAAGAAUAUGUAAGUCUUGUGGAUGGAAAAAGCAAAGUAUCUUUUGGGAUUUGCCAUAUUGGAGUUCUAACAUGAUUCGACAUAACCUUGAUGUCAUGCAUAUUGAGAAAAAUGUCUUUGAUAAUGUAUUUAACACGGUUCUUAAUAUUGUUGAUAAAACCAAAGACAAUUCACAAUCACGUUUGGAUAUGGUAAACUAUUGUGAUCGACCUCAGUUGGCAAAGGAUUCAAAUGAUGGGUAUGUUUCAAAUUUGGGUAGAUGUCCAGACACAAAUACGAAAAAGCUAUAUGGCAUGAAAAGUCAUGAUUGUCACGUGUUCAUGCAAAGACUUUUGCCUAUUGCUUUUCGUGAAUUACUUCCUAGUAAUGUGUGGCAAGCACUUACAGAGUUGAGCUUAUUUUUUAAAGAUCUUACUUCAACCACUCUACGAGUGGAUGACAUGGAGAGAUUAGAAGCAGAUAUCCCACAAAUUUUGUGUAAGUUAGAACGUAUAUUUCCUCCAGGGUUCUUUGACUCGAUGGAACAUUUGCCUGUGCACCUACCAUAUGAAGCAAAGAUCGCUGGACCUGUACAAUAUCGAUGGAUGUAUCCUUUUGAAAGGUACCUUGGAACUCUUAAAAGGAUGAUUGGAAAUAAAGCUAGUGUUGAGGGUUCUAUUUGUGAAGCAUACUUGAUGACAGAGUCAACACUAUUAUUUUCUCAUUAUUUUGAACCUCAUGUCAUGACACGUAAUCAUAAUGUGGACCGUAAUGAUGAUGGUGGUAUUACGGAGGAUCUUGAAGGAAAUCUAUCAAUAUUCACCCAUCCAGGUCGACUAUGGGGAGAGACAAGAAAAAGAAAUUUAUCACUUGAUGAAAUCAAGGCCGCUCAAACUUACAUAUUACUAAAUUGUGAAGAGGUUGAGCCAUUUGUGAGUAUGUACGUGCAACGUUUGCAAGAAGAAUCUCCCAAUUUAUCACAGUGUCAGAUAGAUGAGAGCCUUGAGGCAUAUUUUUCUAUAUGGUUUAAGGAAUACGUCCGAUGCAAUCAUAUAGAGAAUAAAUUCUUGCGUAGCCUUGCUCAUGGACCAUUAAUAGGCGCUACAUGUCAUUCAAUGUAUUUUGUUAAUGGAUACAAAUUUCAUACAGAAUGUUAUGGUAGCGCUAGAUCAACAAUGAACAGUGGAGUUUGUAUCUCAGAUCCAAAUUUUGGUGAUUACUAUGGACGGAUAAAAGAGAUUAUACAAGUGGAAUACCGUGAAGAACCUUUAAAGCAAACUGUCUUAUUCAAGUGUGAAUGGUUUGACCCAACUAUAGAUGUUGGUGUGAAGAAGCAUAAUCAAUACAAAUUGAUUGAUGUUAACCAACGUCGUCGGUAUAAAAAGUAUGAACCUUUUAUUCUUGCAAUGCAAGCAACACAAGUGUGUUAUGUCCCAUAUCCUAGCAAGAAAAAGGAAAAGAUUGAUUGGUUAGCCGUAUUGAAGGUUAAACCUCGUAAUGUUGUGGAAUUACCUGAUGAGGAAGUGGCACCAACUCCAGAACUGAAUGUUCCAUUUCAAGUCAAUGAAGUUGAAGUCCAUGAGAUAGAUAUGAAUGUUUCUGUUGAUGAAGAAAUACUCUUACAUGAUUUAAAUGGGGGUGUACUUGAAAUGGAAGAACCCAUUGAUGGGUUACAUCCAAAGUAUCAUGAAAUCCCUGGAGAAUCUACAGAGGAGGAGUAUGAAACUGAGGAGGAGUAUGAAUCUGAAGAAACUGAGGAGGAGUAUGAAUCUGAAGAAACUGAGGAGAAUGAGGAAGAAUUUGAAGAAGAUUUAGAUAGUGACUAG